AUGAAUUGGACCGUUUGGGCGUCGGUGCCCGUUCUCGUCUUCGCCUUCUGGAUGUACGCCAGCGCCCUCGCCUCAACCUUCCCCACGCUCGAGAACAAACGCAUCGUGCUGUUGAUAGCGCAUCCCGACGAUGAGGCCAUGUUCUUCGCCCCGGCUUUGCUGGCAUUGACGCGUCCGGAGCGUGGCAACCACGUCAAGAUCCUGUGCCUGAGCAGCGGCGAUGCCGACGGGCUGGGUGAGGUGCGCAAGAAAGAGCUAGUCAAAAGUGGGCUGCAACUGGGCAUCGGCAGCAAGCAGGACAUUCUCGUCAUCGAGGACAAGAACUUUCCCGACUCCAUGACGGCAACAUGGCCCCCUCGGCUGAUCGCCAAUGUGCUCAGCACUGCUUUCGCCCCAAACAUGUCGUCCACCUCCCCCAAGGAUGCACCGCAGGCGACGGUCGACGCCAUCAUCACGUUUGACGCACACGGCAUUUCGGGCCACCCCAAUCACAAGUCGCUCCAUGCCGGAGCCCACGGCUUUCUCAAGGCGCUCAUGCACCGACACAGCGGGUGGGAAUGUCCCAUCAAGCUGUACACUCUGACCACGACCUCGAUAUUCCGAAAAUACCUCAGCUUGCUGGAUGCUCCGGCCACCUUGAUUGGCGCAAUUGUCCGUAAGAAAGAGCUUGGGCGCUAUCCCACUCCACUCCUGUUCGUCAGCUCGCCGGCCAGGUACAGGACUGCGCAAAAGGCCAUGACGACUGCGCAUGAGAGCCAGAUGCGCUGGUUUCGUUGGGGCUGGAUCACCUUGUCACGCUACAUGGUGCUGAAUGAUUUGAAACUAGAAAAGACACACUAG